AUGAAUCAAAAAAAUACAAUCGCCCCAGGAGUCGAGGCGAAAUUGUUGUCAGAAUAAAGCGAAUCAGGUUUAUACAGUGCUAAAAUUAACAGUAGUAAAUAGAUAUUUCAAAAAUAACCUCCUUUUUAUGCUGAUAUUUAUUUCUUCCAAACAAAUGGAAAGAAGCCUUUCAAUUAUGAAAAAAAGAAUGAUUAUGUCAAGAAAUUCACUGAUAAUUUGUUAGAUCCUGUUCGCAAAACAAAAAAAAUAAGAAAUUUUCAUUUGUCAUUAAUUGGGGAUAAGGGGUCUUCCGACGAGAUUUUUUCUUAAAGAAAGUCAUCUACGCUUUCUUAACUAAAUCAGAAAUAACUAAGGUUUUUUUAAAAGCUACAAGAAACAUUUAUUUUUUAACUAGAAAAACUACCUUUAAUACAUCCCAGCUAAUAUAUAAAAAUGAUAUGGGAUAUAGUUGCUGUUACUGCAAGAUUAUAUUUUUUAUACAUAAUCCCUAUUGAUUUAGCAUGGGUUCAAUAGCAGUUCAUAUUCCGCGAUUUUAAAUACAUCUCAAUACUUUUUCUGCUUAUUUUAAUAUUUGAUUUAUUGAUCAGUUUAAAUACAGUGUACUUUUCAAACGGAGAAGCGGUUACCUCCAGAAUCCAGAUUGUGAAACAGAUGUUUUAGUUGUUAAUUUAUUUCAUUACAGACAGAUUUGUCAAUAUUUCACUUGAUGUUGAGAAUAAUGUAAUAAAUGUCGGUUUGUUGAUAUUUUUAGUUCAUCACAAGACUAUAAUAAACUAUGCAACAAAUUAUGAGGAAGGAUUGAACAUCUCAAAGAAAACAUCCUCAUUUGUUGCUUUAUUUAAAUUGAUAGCCUUUUUAUUUUAUGUGAUUCAUUUAUUUUCAUGUUUUUGGUUUUGGGUAACUUUAAUCAUUGAAAAUUAUGACGGAAAGAGCUGGAUCAUGGCGACUAACAUGUACGAAUAGAAAUGGAACAUCCAAUAUCUAUAGGCCUUUUAUUAUACAGCAGUGACAAUGUUCACAGUUGGUUAUGGAGACGUGACCCCACAAUCUAGUCUUGAGAAAAUCGUGUCCAUUGUCUUAAUUAUGAUUUCAAGUAUUCAGCUCCCUUAUAGUGUUAAUACAGUCGGAAAUAUUAUCAAAGAAAUUUCAGCUUUUUCCGAAGAAAGAAAGAGGAAGUUAAGGAUUAUCAAUUCUUAUAUGAAUAAGAGUUCAAUGUCUUUGGGUUUGAAAAUGAAAAUAAGAUAGUACUUAACAUAUUAUUGGGAAAACAAAGUUAUAUCUUAAUCUGAAGAAGAGAAGGAAAUUAUUGAUUCUUUAUCUGAAUUUCUGAGACAAUAAUUAAUAGGUGAAGCCCAUCAGAAAAUAUUUGAUCAGUGCACAUUAUUUAAAAUACCAUUUAGUGAUUAAUUUAAAAGGCAAUUAAUUAAGGAGGUGGAGGAAGUGCUUCUAACCCCAGAAUAGGAUUUAAAGUCAACUAAUGAUAUCUUACUCUAUUAUAUUGAGGAUGGUUCAAUUCAAAUUUGUUUACAAGAAGGUAGAAAGAUAAAUUUAGGGAUUGUUAAUAAGGGGGCUUCCAUUGGGAUUAAGAACUUUAUAAUGGGUACUGAGUCUUUAGAGAGCUAUAAAAGUGUUGGAUUUACUAAGGCCAUGAUAUUAAAGCGGAGAAAUUUUUUAAAAAUAUUACAAGAACAUCCAGAGGAUUAAGAAUUGUUUUGUGCUGUAAGAGAUAAAAUGAUAUUUUAUUAAGAUGAUUAGUAUUUCACUGUUACAUGUUUUUCUUGUGGGAAGCAAUCUCAUAAAUUAAUUGAAUGCCCAUUAAUCAAAUUUGUUCCGAAUAAGGAGUUUAUCAUUAAAAAACAUUUAUAUCCUUAGCAGCAAUGUAGGAACCCAUUGGAUAGAGGUAGAAAAAAAGUGAAUUCAUUAAUUCUGAAUAAAAAAAGGCUUGAAUAAUGUGCUUUAUUAAUUCAGAAGGAUGAGCCGAUGUUGUUUUAAUUAUAUAGAUUUGAUCACAUGUAUAACAUAGAUGAAGAUUAGCAAUUAAAACGUAACAUUAAAUAAACGACUUCAUUUUAGAACAUCAAUCAUCAUCAUCAAUAAAAUAAAAGGGAAAGAUAUUUUUCAAUUUAAGAUCAAACUUAAAAAUUAAUUAAAAAGAAGUUUCAGCGUCUUGUUAAUAAAUUGAUAUCAAUAAAUAAAGUUUAUCCUUAUUUUUUAAUUUAAACAUAUGUUCAAUAUGAAAAGCAGAUAGAAUAACGGUAGGUUAGCAUGACUUUAUAAAUUUUAGAAUAAAGAUGUAAGAAUAUAAGUUAAAUAGCUAGCAAAUAGUUUGAUAAGUAUCAAAUUGAUAUGUCAUUAAUCAUAUAAAAAUUAUCAAAUAAAUAGUAUAUAGACGACUUAGAAUUUGAAAGUCCAAAAGCAUAUAAGUUUUAUUUUAGGAAAGAUAACUUUUCAAUUGUGAAAUAGAAAAACUUUCUCGAAAAUCUAAAUAUACUUAAAAAAUUCAUUUAGUAUUUUUAAUAUCCUGGUGAUAUAAUUAAACAGUUUAAUCUAUCUUCAGUUGGAUUUUUCUUAUUAAUGAAUAAAAGAAAACCAGUAGUAUGUUUUUCUGCUGAUAACGUUGUUAAAUGA